UCGCCCGUGUCCUCGCGCCUUCUCCUGGUGGCGGGAAAAGUUGGUGGAGGUGGCAGGGAUGCGCGGGGUGGCCGCGCCAGCCGGAGCCGCGCCUCGUCGUUAGGCCCGCGUCGCCACGAGCGGUCGCUGGCUCCUGGGCAGCUGCAGAGAGGUGAAGAAACUGAACUGAACUGAGUGAUGGCGAUGGUACAGAGUAACGGAGAACAUGAAAAGGGAACAAAGAAAGCCUUUGCUCCACCUACACAAAAGUCACAUAGCGUGAAACCUCAGCCUAAGCCAUGGAAGGACGACCCCCCGGGGGCCAGGUCUCCAGAGGUAGAGGCCAAGCCCAGCCAGCUCAACGCCAGCUUAGAGAAGAAGGAGCAGAAGGCAGCCACAGAGAAUGGUCCAGGCAGGGGCCGGGAGAAAAAGCGAAAGGCUCAUGACAAGCCUGCAGAGAAGAAAGGAAAGGAAAAAACAACUCUUACCAAUGCAGAAUUUGAGGAGAUCUUCCAGACUGUGCUGCAGAAGCCCCUGCAGGAGUGCUUGGAGACUUCCUGUGUCCAACGCACAAUACCUACCAAAUCAGACAAAGAACCCGGAAUUGCUCCUUCUACCACUGAUAAUGAAAAUGCUGAUGGAGAGAAGGAAAUAGUACCUGAUACUCCAGAGACUGCAUCUUCUCCAGAAGAGGAAGUGGACUCUGAGAUACGGACAUCUGAGCUAGGCCAGCCAGCUACCGAACCCUCCAAGAAGAAAUGUAACAGACUGUGUUUAAGCAAAAGAAAGAAGAAGGCUGAAAAUGAGAAAAUGGAGAAAAUCCAAGAUGGACAUGAGUGCACUCUGAAAGACAAACAGAAGACAAUGAUUCAGGAUCAUUCUCAGCUCAAGGGCCAGCAGAAAGAAGAGGAAGGUGGUUUUGGCCACUGUCUCAUCUGGGUCCAGUGUUCCUUUCCAAAGUGUGAGAAGUGGAGGCAGCUUCGUGGAAACAUUGAUCCCUCAGUUCUCCCAGAUAACUGGUCUUGUGACCAGAAUCCAGACCUGAACUAUAAUCGCUGUGACAUUCCCGAGGAGACCUGGACAGGCCAUGAGAGUGAUGUGGCCUAUGCCUCCUACAUUCCAGGGUCCAUCGUCUGGGCCAAGCAGUAUGGCUACCCCUGGUGGCCAGGCAUGGUAGAAUCUGACCCUGACCUGGGGGAGUACUUUCUUUUUGCUUCUCAUCUUGAUUCUCUGCCGUCUAAGUACCAUGUGACAUUUUUUGGAGAAGCGGUUUCUCGUGCAUGGAUCCCAGUGAGCAUGCUGAAGAACUUCCAGGAGCUGUCCCUGGAGCUAGCCAGAGUGAAAAAAGGCAGGAACAAGGAGUACAACCAGAAACUGGAGGCAGCCAUAACGAUGGCUCACAAGGCAGAACAGAUCAACGUUCAGGAGCGGGUUAACUUGUUUGGUUUCUGGAGUCGAUACAGCAGAGCUGACAUCAGUGAAGAAGGGCAAGAUCUGAGGCUCAGUGAGUCCAACAGCCCUGAGUUUUGUCUGGAGGAAGACCAGAGGGACUCAGAGGAGGAGGAGGAGAAAGAAGAGAAGGAAGAUCCAACUUUGCCUAGACCCAAGCCAGCUAAAAUACAGACCAAAAAAACCAAGUCAAGAGAUCCAGCAGGAAGAGGAGAUGGGACUCCAAAAAAGCCUGUGAAGAAGUCUCCCAGCAGUGAAGCCCCAGAGCCUCCUGUGCCCAUGUUGAGAGGGAAGGAGGCACAGGCGAGUUCAGACCUGGACAGUCCAGGCCCUAAGAAGAAAUUCAAAGCUCCUGAAAACAAGGCCCCAGCCACCAACUUAUCUGAGGAGAAAGAAGUCAAAAUUGUGUCCAAGUGCCCUAUCCCAGCAGCUCGGCAUGGGGUUUCUCCAUUGAGAAAGGAAGGACCUGGGUGCCACGUGCCCCUGACACAGGAGGCAGCAAGUUUCCUCCCGGAAGAUGAUGGUUCCAGCGACCUGGACCUGGAGCAGCUCCUGGAAGACAUUGGCGAGCCGGACGAGGGAGGGGAGCUGCCCCGGGGCAGCUCAGAGGAGUCGCUGGCUGCGCUGUUUGAGGAGUAGCUGUUGGUCCUCCUGCUGCUGUCUGCGGCAGGGGCGCAGUUCUGGAGCAGCCGGUCAGGGUAGGGGCUGUGGACCUGCUCCGUGGGUCCAGUCCUGUGCAGCCUGUGUUAAUAAAGCGGUCUCUGGGUUA